AUGGAGCAGAAGGCUGGCUACCUCAUCGAAUACGCAACAUGGCAACACGAACCGCGCAUGCUCGAGGAGAUACUAGACUACGAAGUCGGGCGCAACAGGAUCAGACACAAUCAGAUCAACCUUCGCACGGCUCUGAACAACGCACUUUUCUGCAGAAGCUCCCGCAUGAAGGAACUCUUCUUAAGCGAAAAGACAAUGGACUUCCUAGCCCUUAUCGACAAUCCAAGACCGCUGGAGUGGGCAGUCAAGUACCCCAAUAUCCACGCUCUGAUACUCUUCCUUACGCAACCGAAGUUCCGUUUCGAUAAGGGUGCCAUCGAAGAAGGCGUCGCGCUUAACCUCAUGUUGCACAAAGUGGGUAACGAAAGCGGCGUCGGCAUCGAUAGCCUUGAUGAGCUACUCAAGAGGGGUGCGCGAAUGCGGUACGAAGGCUUUGGUAUGACCGCUAUCCACGUUGCCGCCAAGCUCGGUGGAAUCUCAGUCAUGGAGACCCUGGUAGACAACCUGACUGAAGACGAGAUUCAAAAUGACAUCAACCGCACGUGUAGCCGCUCCCACGGAAGUCAAGGCCGAGAAGGUAAGACGGCUUUGGCUAUUACUGUUAUGACGGGUCGCUUUGAGACUGUGAAGUGCUUAUUGGAUAAUGGAGCGGAUAGCAAUGUGGUAGAUGCGGAUGGAAAAACUGCGUUGCAGCUGGCGAGAGAAGCUGGGUGGGGAGAUUUCGUGGAGGCACCGUUUAGAGGCCAUGGCCAAUAAUUGGACGGCGAGGAAGGUCGGGCAGAGAAUGAGAGGAGGAUGAAGGCAACGCUAAGGAGAAGAAGGCAUGAACUCACGUAGGGUGUUGAUGAUAGUGUGUCAAUCCUACUCGAUGGAAGAAGUGAACACUUACUUACAAGAGAAGCUAAAGUAUACCAUUCUGGAAGUCUAAAUUACA